AUGGCCGACGUGCUGCAGCUGCCAGUGGCUUGUCUUUGCAAGAAAGUCCGCUUUUUGGCGCCUCUGGAGCGGCACCGUGAAUGGCUCUCGUGCCACUGCUUCGGGUGUCGGCGAGCUCACGGUGCAGCCUGGGUCCCUUUGGUGCCCUUGGCCACCAAGGGCCUUGAAAUACAUGGUGAACGAGGCUCUUUGAAGGAGGGCCCCUUCUCCAUGUGCUCUGGACUUGCAGGCACAGUGAAUGCAGAAGUCAAACGGCAUUUCUGCCAGUCGUGUGGCAGCAUUUGUCUCGUCUCCCUGCACCUGGAAGGGACUGUCCGCUGCUCUCUUUUGCCAGCGGGGGUUCUGUCGGAUGCAAGCUUCCCAAAGGAGGUCUCUCCAAAGCUCAAGGACAUAGGAACUCAGUCGCCAGCACCAUUUGGGCCUUUGUUUGGGAUGGUGAGCAUCCAAUCACGUCCACAACUCCCAAUUUCGGGAUCCUGUCUUUGCGGAGCCUGCCGCUUCAGGACCCAGCGUCUUCCGAGAGAGAUGCAACACUGCCACUGCUCUAUGUGCCGUCAAAUGAGUGGUGCCGCAUACCAGACGUGGACUCCAGUGCCGAAAGCAGAAGUGGAGUGGAUCAAACCAAAUUCUUUGAGAGAAAUCCGGGCAUCCAGGCAUGCAUUGCGCGAGUUCUGUCCAACGUGCUUGCAGAGUCUCAGCCUGCCAGAGUUAGAAUAUAAGGAGUGUGGCUCUGCUUUGACCAUCAUCUAUGCCAACCAGCGUGGCACUAUGUGGAUCUCGGCGGCAGCCUACGAGAAGGCAGCCUUUGCAGGCAUGUGCUCAAGGAUGCUGCAGCGACAGGUGGUGCUGAAAGCCAAAGUGCCUUUGCACCACCAAACGGGCUUCGAGCUUAUUGCGAAGGAUCUGGCACGCAAGCAGAUCAGACGCGCGCUGGAGGCGGGACCAAAGCGUAUCCGCCCUACUACCCGAGAGGAACUGAGGUGGAGACUUGAAGAUUUGCGCAAAGAGCUCGCGGAAGCGCGGAAGGAGGAGCAGAAGGCGCAUGAGAAAGAGAUUGAAGCAAAGCAAGAGACGCCAGGAGAACGAGAGGAGAUUGCAGUGCAAAGGAAGACCAUUGAGGAAUGGAAGCAGCGAAUCUCCAAAUUGGAGCAAGAGAAUUCCGCUCAUCAGGUGGAGAUCGCAAGUCUGGAAAGCGCCCUCCAACGAUUGGAUCGCCUUGAUGGCCCGGUCUUUUCAGCCUUCCGCCGCCCGUGGAAACUCGCCAGCCAGAAUGCCACAGUGGAUCCAAAAGCGCUUAAGGAGCAACUCUUGGAGAAAGAGAAGGCAUUUAGAGAAGUGCAGCAAGAGCGCCACGAGAUGCAAGAAGAACUUCUUGUGGCGCAAGAAGCUUCCCAGGUUCUUGCACAGGAGGCCAAAGAGAAAUUAGAGGAGCUGCAGCGAUUGCGGCAUAGAACGGAUCAGGCGAAGAGGAGGACAUCGGUGGCGCAUCAAGAGGACAUCUUGGCGGCCAAGAAGGAGUUAGAGGCGAGAGGGAAGGAUGUGGAUGAGGUUCGAGCGCGUCGCAAGUCGAUAAGUGCGGAACAGAAAGGUGUGGUCUUGGAUGGAAAGCGCCGGAUCUCCGUGCUGCAGGUUGACUUGGAACGCCAAAAGCACCAAAGCGAGAAAGACGUGCAAGAACACUUGAAAUCUGAGGAGCAAGCUUUGGCAGCUCAACAUAAAGAGCACCUAGAAGACAUUGCAAGGUCAGAGCAGCACGCUGAAGCUGCUUUGGAGCUCUCUCGGCAGGAAUUGCAAAGCCUUUUGGACGAAGCUAGAAAAGAGAGGCAGCUGGCCAAAGAGAACCUGGAGACUGCUCUUGCUGAGCUUCAUUUGAAUCAAGAGAGCCACUCCUCGCGUGAUGAUGCCUCGUAUGUUGAGAGCCAGAUCUCCGAGGACUGGAUCCGGGUGCCGAUCUACUUGCACGAUGACAAAGAUCAACUGCUAGCAGAGGUGGAGGAAACGAAGAAGGCCUUAGCCAUGCAACGCAGUCUUGCAGCCCAAUCUCGGCAGCUGGCAGCGCUGCAUUCGGAAGCGGAGGUUUUGGAAGUCCACAAUUUGCAACUACAAGAUGAGAAGCGUGAUCUGGAGCUUCGCAUUGCUGCAGCUCAGUUUGCUCUGAAACGCUGGAGAGCUCCAAAGCAGCAGGCAUCCAAUGUAAGAGGUUGUCCUCUUUGCUUGCACUGCCAAACCGGUGAGCCUACGCGGGCUGGCAAAGCGAUGCAAAGCGAAUUGAUAGGCUUCCCUGAAAAGGGAUGAAACGGGUGGUUCAGGCUCAAUGGGCUUGAUCUUGGGGUUUCAGGGUCCAAAUGGGUCUGCCAUGCUUAGCUUUUGUGCAUAGUACUCUACCUGGGCUGUAGUGAUUUCUUUGAUUGUACCAUAUUUAUAUGCUUUUGCGAUUGGAGUAGAGCCCAGGUUGAAGCCAAAGAUGCUUCGUUGGGGAUAGCGGCGUGGCGAAGAAUCAACAUCAAAUAGAGGUUACUCAGGUUGUUGGUUACCGCUUUGUACCGGGCCAAUGCUGUUUCAUGCUUGUGUGGGGUGUGUCUAGAGGAUUUGGCCACUGCAUGGUCGAGCAAAGGCGCGAGAGGUCUUUGGACAUCUUUGGACAUCUUUGGACUGGUGUUUGCUGCGUUUGGUCGCUGGGAUCUGAUAGCUGCAGCCAUUCGGAUAGCCUCAACCUCAGCCAUAGGUCAACGGAUACAAACG